AUGCCGCCGACUCCGCCUCUUUCCGAACGUCGACUCCGGAGUACCCUUACCUCCAAAGCGUGCGAUUCUUGCAAGGCUAGAAAGAUCCGCUGUUCCGGUUACCCUCCACCGUGCCAGAGUUGUACCAUCCGAGGCGCGACUUGUCGGUUCGGGACGCGCAAAAUACCACUUAGGAAGAAUGUGAACCGAGAUAUAUUGAUUACUACCGGCGAUGCGUCUUCAAGCAUCAAAGUCAAAGACGUCAGCCCUUCCGGGCCGAAUCUCGCGACUUAUGCAAAUCCGAAACAGGAUAUCGCCUUUCCACCUAUUCAGAAUGACCUCUUUAUAGAUCGGAUCUUGUUCGGAUCAUCAUCAACGGACGUUCCAAAUGCUGAUGAACGAUUCUCCCUAAAAGGGAUUGGCCUUCUGAGUGGUACUCAUAGCGUCACAUUCUUCUCCGACAGUAGACUCGAGACGCUUUCUGCCAAGCUUCAAAAUAACAAAGUCAAUGACCUUAUUCGGCGAAUGUCCUCGGUCAUCAACAGCAGGGCUAAGAUAACCACCAGUACCUCGCCUGAGCAUCUACCUGAGCUAGGCCUUUCAUCGUUGGAUUAUUCAUCUGCUGCAAAAUACAUAGCUAUAUACUAUGAACAAGUCCAUCCUCUCUUUCCUCACCUAGACCGGGAGACUUUUGACUCCACUAUUGCAAGCCCUAACUUCAGCACAAUCCUCGUCAACGACACAGCUUUCUCUGCUCUAUAUCACUCCGUGCUCGCUCUCGGUAGUCUGCAUGAUGGCGGUGGAAGUUUUGAGCCUGGGAAAGGAAAAGCAUGGGAAUUACUCUCCGUCGCAUUAGCCAAGGUGCCCGAUCUCCCCAAGGCCAAGAACUCACUGGUCGCUCUUCAGGCAAUAACAACAGUUGCUGUCUAUUGUUUAGGAGUAACGUGUAUAUCCAUCGAGCAUAAGAUCAUGACGGAGAUGGCUCGUAUGGCUCAAGAUCUAGCACCUUCCCUUUGUAAAAGCCCCUACUCAAAGGCGUUCUACAGGGUAUUCUGGGUCGUUUACGUGAUAGAGAAGAUAAUGAGCUUCCACUUUGGCCGCCCUUCGGCUAUCAUCGACGCCAAUAUCAUUGUGCAUAUGCCUUACAUACCCGAGUCUCAUCUCGGAGCCCUAAAUUGGGCGCACAUACUCGCCCAGCAGAGCCGUCUUUUGUCACGAGCGAUGAAUACCCUGUUCUGUCCCGGGCUCUGUCAUAGAGGAUCGCAGUACUUUCUGGUAACGAUUGACCAACUUCUUGAAGAUCUUGAACAGUGGAGAGCAUCUAUCGCAGAAGAAUUUCGCCCGGGAUAUCCGUCGCAGUUCAAUUUGCUCCGCAGGCCUUUGCAUGGUACAGUUGGGAUAUGGAUCAACUAUCUCUACUACAGCCUUAAACUGAUCUUGCUCCGGAGCAGGCUACAGAUUGACAGCUACCAAGGCAACGGAUUAGGCAAGAUAAGUCAUAGUGAUCAGCUCAUCGAAGUUUCUCGAUCUGUACUUGAGAUUGUUACAUAUGUUGACGUCGAGCCCUCAACACCACUAUGGAUCAUUGCAGCUAUCCCAUUGUGCGCCCUCUUUGUUCUUUUUGACCACGUCAUCAGCAACCCCAAGUCCCCAGACACAAGAAGCAACCUCGCCCUACUCAAUAUCGCCGGGGGACAUUUCAGUCGCAUUGAGUUUGCGAGUGGAGGAACGUUGCCUGGCUCGCUUAUCAGCGAGUUUACAUAUAUCGCGCGCGAAUACAUCAAUCAGUGCGACAACCAGGACUCACUAAAGGAGGCCCAAAACAUGAUUCCCUCUGUAAACCAUAAUACCUCAGUGGGUGAAUCUUAUACUUCUGGAGCGAGCCACAGUCUCGAGCAAGAGUUUGAGAUGGCCCAGGCUACAGUACUAAACUCUACGUCGCUGAUGGAUCCUAUAUAUGCACCGAUAGAAAGCCUAUGGGACAGUGGAAAUGAUCCAUUGUAUGGUAUAGAUGUGAUGAACCUUUUUAAUAGUAUUAUGUAAGAGGUAUCUGCGAAAGUAUAUAGUGCUUAAUGGGCGAGGUGUCGGAUGAUUAGAGAUUAGAUAACAGAGGAACCCAGGCUGGCACCAGGGAACUUAUCCU